AUGUUCUCGUGCAGCCUGGGCAUUGCUACUUUGAAUUACCUUGACAAUCUCGACAUUCAUGGAGACCCGACAGCUCCAACAACUCGAGAGCAAACUAGAAAGCUUGGACAGGAGUGGAUUCAAUAUAGUGAUUUUGAGGCGAGCCUUAACGACGCCUUCACGUUAUGGGAUGCGACUUCAGCCCUACGAACCGGAACCGCCAACUUGUCCUCAACUUUUCUUCGAGCUUUUGAUCUUUUCCUUAACACUGUUCACCUCACGUCAUUUCUUUCCAACGGCGGCAAAGGACUCCCCUCUAGUCUCAUCAUGGCUCGUCUAACCCAUCUUUUGCUUCUAUCCAUAGGCGUUCUGGGCACGCAUGCUAGAUCCGCUGUUCUCGAUCUAAUCCCAUCCAAUUUCGACGACGUCGUCCUGAAAUCCGGCAAACCUGCACUUGUGGAGUUCUUUGCUCCGUGGUGUGGUCAUUGCAAGAAGCUUGCUCCUAUAUACGAAGAAUUAGCUACGAAUCUAGAAUUUGCCAAAGACAAAGUCUCGAUAGCAAAGGUUGACGCAGAUGCCGAGAAGGAUUUGGGCAAGAGGUUCGGUGUGCAGGGAUUUCCAACAUUGAAAUGGUUCGAUGGCAAGAGCGAGACUCCUGAGGAUUAUUCCGGGGGCCGGGACCUAGAGGAUCUUCAAGAUUUCAUCGUGGCUAAAACCGGUAUCAAGCUGAAGAAGAAGGCGAAGCCCGCUAGUAAGGUGCAGAUGUUGACGGACUCGAGCUUCAAGACGGAAAUUGGUGGGAAUAAGGAUGUUCUCGUUGCAUUCACUGCACCGUGGUGUGGACACUGCAAAAGCCUUGCUCCUAUUUGGGAGACGCUCGCCCAAGACUUCAUCGCUGAACCCUCCGUACUUGUUGCUAAGGUCGAUGCCGAAGCAGAGCAGUCAAAAGCCACAGCCCAGGACCAAGGUGUCAAGUCCUACCCUACAAUCAAGUACUUUCCCAAAGGCUCCACCACACCAGAACCCUAUGAGGGUGGCCGAUCGGAGGCAGACUUUGUUAAUUUUCUGAAUACCAAGGCAGGCACAAAUCGUAUGGUGGGGGGCGGUCUUGACGCCAAAGCUGGCACAAUCGAUGCGCUAGAUUCUAUUGUUGGCGCUGUCUCUGGCGAAGAUCUUGCUUCGCUGUCGGACAAGGUCAAGAAGGCUACCAAAGGGCUGCAAGACAAAUACGCAGAGUAUUAUGUAAAGGUGGCCCAGAAGCUGGGGGGCAACAAAGGCUACGUUGAGAAGGAGCUGACUCGGUUGGACGGCAUCAUCAAGAAAGGCGGGUUGGCACCUGAGAAGCUUGAUGACUUAACAUCGAGGUCGAACAUUUUGAGGAAGUUCCAAGGCACGCCACCAACGACAGAUGAGAAGGAGUUGUAG